UUUCGUAGAUCGUUUCCCAAGCUAUCACGUGUCUACUCUUUUACGUCGUUGGAUAUGGUGUUUGUUUUUCCACCGCUCCCCAUUUCAUUUUGAUGUUUCCAUGGUUGGCGACAUUGGUUUGCCUUGGAUCUUACUGGCUUCCGUCCUUAGGUAACCGAAUUUCUCUACCAUCAACUCCAAUCAUCUCUAAUUUUGUCUUUCCCUUGGAGGAAUUUGACGAAUAGGUCUAAUUGCUGGCUAGAUUGGAGUGUGAAUGGGUAAUUUAAAUGUUUUGAUCCUUCAGAAGCCUGGGGGAAGUAGAAGGACUGAGGAAGAGGACCAGCUCCCAUGGCUUCUUCACGGAUACUGGUUCGUCGUUAAUAGAAUCAGGUCUGUGGAUUUCGUCUAUUUUACUUCAAUGAAAUUGUUUGUGCGUGUGGUGUUCUGUCGGUGGAGGGUUUGUCACCCUUUUGGCUGCGUUCGUUCCUUCUCACGUGCUCUCCUCUGUGCUAUUGUAUAUGGUCCGUUCUCAUCGGCGACUCCUGUGCUCAGUCGCUCUCUCUCGCUCUGUUUACGCAACAGACAAGGGAAAGAAGUCAAGGUUUUUAAUCAAGAUCUUCAUGACAUGAGGAUACUUUGUCCAUGAACAUAAUAGCAUUGAAUGAUAUAAUUUGGUUAUUCUGUUCUUUCAAUCAAUUAAUUUUUGGGUAUUUUGUCCGUAUUUACUUGCUUUCUGUUAUGCUGCAAAACAAACUUUUGGAAUAGCUGUUAAUGUUGGUUUUCAGGUCACAUCUAUUACUUUUUCGUUCUACAAUUCUUAAGGAGGUUUCAGCCAUUAAUU